AUGGAUCGAACACCAGGAGGAAGUUUCCCAAAUAAAUAUUCACCAUUUAGCCAAUUUUGCUUGAAUUCUUUAUCUCCUUUGCAACAAAGUUUACAAUCCCCUUCUCAAGCUAUGGACUUAGACUCUCCUUUUGUUUCUCAGCAAAAUCACGCCCAGCCAUUCUUGCAGCUUUUUGACAAUUCUCAAGCUAUCCCAGCUAAAACUUGUGUAUGCAUAUCUUUUCCUGAUUCAAAACUAUUUUCUCUAAAAUUGAAUUUUCUAUUUUUUAUAUGAAUUAAAACUUUAUUUGUCGGCUUCAACUCCAUUUACUUAUAUAAAUCAUAAAUGCCGAAAGACUUUUUGUUUAAAGCUGUACUGUGACUGUUUUGCAAGAGGUGAAUACUGUGGAGGCUGCGGGUGUAUGGAGUGCAAAAAUCUCCCUGAAUUCGAAAACGAAAGACGAGAAGCAAAAACCUUUGUACUUGAUAGGAACCCAGAAGCCUUUCGAAGAAGCGAAGUCCAAGUCCCAAUAGUUGGCUGCAACUGUCGUAGAUCAGGAUGCUUGAAAAAAUAUUGUGAAUGCUAUGCCAAUGGAAAAUCAUGCAAUAGUUCUUGCAGAUGCGAUGGAUGCUUAAAUGCUAAAUGCUUGCUUUGUUUUUAUCAUGUUUUAAAUUAUUAAAUAAAUCAUUUAAAUAUAAUUAAAUUAUGCUUUUUUUUUAAUUGCCAGUGGAGUAAGCAAAUGUAA